AUGGCCGCGCCCGAAGCUCUCAAUAAUAAUAAUGCCGGUUCGCCUCGACUGCUGCGCCCGCAAGACCAUCUCCGUCCCUUCCAACCACCCAACUAUACCAAUAACGAGAAUGGCCACUCCGAUAACGCCGAUGACAUCCCCCCGCUACCAACGGUGAUCGCCCACAUCCACGCCCGGGUGCAAGCCUUUCUAUCCGAGACGCAUCCGCCAGACUCGCUGCUUGACUCCGUGCAGCGCCAAACCCGCAUUUCGCUAGAGGUCGUAUCAACCGCGCUCUCGCGGUACUCGCUGCCGGAGCUCUCGGUCUCCUACAACGGCGGCAAGGACUGCCUGGUGAUGGUGAUCCUCUUUCUCGCAGGACUACAUCCCUACCUAUCACCAUCAGCAAACCCCGAUGACACCAGCCAAGCGCUGAAGUCUGCCGCGGCGACCGUCAUCCCCUCCAUCUACGCCCUCCCACCAGACCCCUUCCCCGCCGUCGAAGACUUCGUCAUCAGCUCCGCAAAGGCCUAUCACCUCUCUAUCACGAAAUACACCACCGCCCCGCCCACGAGCACGAUGCGCUCCAGUUUCGAGAAUUACCUGCACCGAUACCCGGGGAUCCGGGCGAUCUUCGUGGGGACGCGGCGGACAGACCCGCAUGGCGCGCAGCUGACGCACUUCGACCGGACAGAUGGCGGGUGGCCGGACUUUGUGCGCGUGCAUCCGGUGAUUGAUUGGAAUUAUUCGGAGAUCUGGGCGUUCAUUCGCCAUCUGGGGUUAUACUAUUGCGAGCUCUAUGAUCAGGGAUAUACCUCUCUCGGGGGCACGUCUGAUACAUAUCCGAACCCGAGACUGAAGGUUGAUGGUGAUCCCAAUGGAAAUGGAAUGGAGAGCUGUGCGGCUGGUGAGCGGCAAUAUCUUCCGGCAUAUAAACUCACCGAGGAUGUGGAGGAGAGGUUGGGUCGCAAUUGA